GGUCUACGAAACUACACAACCACCUCCACCUUAUGAUUUCCCCUCCCAGUAAAGAGACAAAAAACCAGAGAGAGAAAUUAUUGCUAUGGCUGUUCUCAGCAGGUCCAUCUUCAUCACCAUAGCGGUUCUUGCUGUUGUUCUAAUUGGCUCAGCAGAGGCACAAGAUCAAUCAUGUGCAUCAAAGCUGGUAGCCUGCUACAAAUUUAUCAACACCACCACCAAACCAGACAACGAUUGCUGUAGCAACAUAAGAAAUGCAGUACAAAAUGAGCUUAAAUGCCUCUGCACUCUCUACACCACCCCUGGCUUGUUGCAGACUUUCAACGUCACCUUUGAUCAAGCUCUCAAGCUCACUAACGAAUGCAACGUCCCCACUGAUAUCAACGCCUGCAAAAGCUCAGCUGCCUCACCCACAUCGGGGCCAGGUACGGUACCCGGAGGUGACAGCGGUGGUGGAGGGAGGGUGGCAUGGACUGGAGUUACCAGCUUACUCUUAUUCUGUGCUUCCAUGUGGCUUUAUUAGUACCACCAAUUACUUAUAUUUGGUAGUGGAGUAAAUAAUAAAGUUGAGAUGAUUGAUUAGUAGAGAGUUCAUUGUCAUUUGCUGCUUCAUAUUUUAUAGAUUUGGACAGUGUUGUUAUCCCCUAUAUGCUAUAUCACAUUGAUCUUAAUAUCUUCAUGUAUCUGACCAUUUAUCACAGAAAUGAUUUGAUGUUCUUAUUGGAAAUAAA